CUCCUCUAUCUCUCUCUCUCUCUCUCUCUCUCUCUCUCUCUGAGAGCUCUCGAGCUCAAACAAUUGCGACCAUGGCGGGGGACGAAGACGACGAGCAGAGCUCGUCGCUAACGGAGUCCCUGUUGCAACACAACUCCAUCCACCUCCGCCGUAGCUCCCCCAACAACACCUCCCAAUUCGCCAUCAUCGGCUCCAAUUCUUGCCCCAUCGAGAGCCUCGAUUACGAGUUGAUCGAGAACGACCUCUUCAAUCAGGAUUGGAGGAGCAGGGGACGCGCCAUCAAGUUGAGAUACGUUUUCCUCAAGUGGACCUUUUGUUUGCUCAUAGGGAUUAUCGUUGGUGCGAUUGGGUUCUUCAAUAACCUCGCUGUUGAGAAUAUCGUGGGGCUCAAGCUCGUCGCGGUGUCGAAUUUGAUGGAUGAACAUAAGUAUUGGACUGCGUUCGGCGUGUUCGCCACUUCGAAUUUGGUUCUUUUGUUGUUCGCAUCAGCGAUUACGGCUUUCGUGUCCCCGGCCGCCGGAGGAUCCGGGAUUCCGGAGGUUAGGGCUUAUUUGAACGGUGUCGAUGCACCCGAUAUCUUCUCUCUGCGGACUCUUGCUGUAAAGAUUAUAGGUACCAUCACUGCUGUAUCAUCAUCCCUCCAUGUGGGCAAGGCUGGCCCCAUGGUGCACACCGGUGCUUGUGUCGCAGCUUUUUUCGGGCUGGGCGGGUCUCGUAAAUACCGCCUCACAUGCAAAUGGUUGCGGUUCUUCAAGAACGAUAGAGAUAGACGCGACCUUGUGACGAUCGGAGCUAGUGCUGGAGUUGCAGCUGCUUUUCGAGCCCCAGUCGGUGGUGUUUUAUUCGCUCUUGAAUCACUAGCAUCAUGGUGGCGAAGCGCACUGAUUUGGAGAUCGUUCUUCACGACUGCAGUAGUUGCUGUCGUGCUUCGGUUCUUCAUUGAUAUUUGCAACAGCGGACACUGCGGUUUAUUUGGGAAAGGUGGACUUAUAAUGUAUGAUGUUACCUCAGAUACUAUGACUUACCACCUUGCAGAUUUACCUCCGGUGAUCCUUCUUGGAGUUAUUGGGGGAGUACUGGGAUGUUACUACAAUUUCCUCAUGUCAAAAGUUCUCCAAAUGUAUAGUUUGAUUAAUGAGAGGGGCCCCAUACACAAACUGCUCCUCGCUGCCGUUGUCUCCAUUAUCACUUCGGUUUGUCUAUUUGGUCUCCCUUGGUUAGCGGCCUGCCGACCUUGCCCCUCUAUGAUGAAUGGAGAUUGCCCGUCCUCCAACCGGUUCAAAAGAUUCCAAUGCGCUCCCAAUCACUACAAUGACCUAGCUAGCUUAUUCUUCAACACCAACGACGACGCAAUAAGGAAUCUCUACACCACCGGCACAAACGAUAUCUACCACCCACUCACUAUGGUGAUAUUCUUCAUUUCCUCUUACAUUCUUGGCAUAUUGAGCUAUGGAGUGGUGUCGCCCUUCGGCCUAUUUGUACCAAUCAUUCUGACCGGUGCGACCUAUGGACGCUUAGUUGCAGUGCUAUUGGGCUCGCACUCAAAUCUCGAUCACGGCCUUGUUGCCAUUCUUGGGUCAGCUUCCUUCUUAGGUGGAACAUUAAGAAUGACUGUCUCAGUUUGCGUGAUCAUCGUAGAACUAACCAACAAUCUGUUGCUUCUUCCUUUGGUCAUGUUGGUUCUCCUCAUCUCUAAAACCGUGGCGGACUCCUUCAAUCACAAUAUCUACGACAUUAUUCUACAGUUGAAGGGUCUUCCUUAUCUCGAAGGCCAUGCAGAGCCUUACAUGAGGCAGCUUACGGCCGGGGACGUUGUCACAGGACCAUUGCGAAUCUUUAAUGGAGUUGAGAAAGUCGGUAACAUUGUCCAUAUUUUAAAGACGACAGGGCAUCAUGCAUUUCCGGUAAUAGACGAGCCGCCGUUUUCACCUUCUCCAAUAUUGUAUGGCUUAAUUCUUCGAGCACACCUUCUAGUUGUGUUAAAGAAGAAGGAUUUCCUUCCAACUUGUACACGGUUGGGGGAGAAGGCGUUGAAGAAGUUUGUGGCUGAUGAUUUUGACAAGCGUGGAUCGGGCAAACAGGAUAGUAUUAAUGACAUAGAUUUCACGCCCGAAGAGAUGGAGAUGUUCAUUGAUUUGCAUCCCUUUAGUAACACUUCACCUUAUACAGUGGUGGAGACAAUGUCACUGGCCAAAGCUUUGAUGCUUUUCCGAGAAGUUGGGUUGAGGCAUCUCCUGGUUGUGCCAAAGUCCUCUGACAGAGAACCAGUAGUUGGGAUAUUGACAAGGCAUGACUUUAUGCCUGAACACAUACUGGGGUUGCAUCCCUACUUGAUGAGCAGCAGAUGGAAACGACUACGAUGGCGACCGUCUACUCUGUCCAAGUACUUGAGAUCGUUCGUUCUGUGGCUUGCUCAUAGAACCUAAUCAAAACUAUGAUCAUUACAGCAAAGCCUUGUGCAAUCUUUUUGUAUUGAACCCCGAUGGUCGGGAUUCUUCGAAUAUCUCGAGCGGAAACUGGUAAUUCGUGGAUCCACUGUUCAUGUGUUUGUUAUAGUGUAAAAUGAUAGUUGCAGCUCCUUGGUUCUCAAAGAUUUGUAUUGAGUGAGUACCGAUUCUUCAUUUAGUACCAAAAUACAGAAAAAGGUGUUUUUUUUUCCUUCAUUGUAUUAUUGUUCUUUUUUGUGCUAUGUUGUAUGAUUGUUCUUGGUGAGCAUGUAAUAUUGCUGGACUUGCAUAUCUUGAAAUAAAAGGAUGCAAUAUAUUGCAUUUACUGAACAGCUUCAUGGUGA